GGAAUACUCCGUCGUCUCGAAAGCGAGCAUUUUGUGAUACUCCGUACCUUCAGAUGCUACUCUUCCGUAGCAAUUGGCCACGACUCUCUCGAUCGACUCCAAAUCGCACUUUACUCUUCCAUACCUUCGCGGCCAUGGCACCCAAAACUCAAGAACCCCAAAUCGUCUCCGUCACCGACCUUCCCUCGGCGCAAGCGAAAUGGGUUGGCCUCAAAAAGAUCGACUUUGUAGAUCAGACGGGCACCCCUCGAUCAUGGGAGAUUGCCGUUCGCAAGACGACCUCCAAGUCCGGUGUGGAUGCUGUGGCCAUGGGCAACAUCUUCGUACACCCCUUGAAACCUCCGAGCACGAUGCUCGUCAUUCAGUACCGUCCUCCGAUCGGUAAAUAUACCAUCGAGUGGCCUGCGGGGUUGAUCGACGAGAACGAGACCCCCGAAGAGGCUGCCGUCAGGGAAAUGAAGGAAGAGACUGGAUAUGAGGGCAAAAUACUCAACACGGGACCUGUGCUGUCCAGUGAUCCUGGCAUGACCAAUGCGACCCUCAAGCUCGUCAUGAUAGAGGUGAAGCUAGGUGAACAGGAGGAUAUGAUGCCGGACCAGAAGCUCGACGAAGGAGAAUUGAUUGAAAGAGUCAUGGUUCCCUUGUCAGAGCUGUAUGAUCGAUUGAUCGAGUACAGCAAAAAGGACAAUUUUAUGGUCGCGGGCAAAUUAUUCUACUUUGCCGCGGGCAUGCAUUUCGCUAAACACGGUGGUUACAUCUGAACAGAAUCUACAGGAAGCUCUUGCAUACUUGACAUGACCAACGGUUCGCUCGAGUAUUGCUUCCAUCGCCGUAACCUUUCAAGAGGCAGAUCAAUGCGAGCUGUGUGGGACAAAGCCGCCUUACACCAAACUGUUUGAGAACGUUUCACAGUCUGCUGGCAGAGACGCCCUGUUCCCGAUACAGGAAUAUAUCGAUCACCAUGCACCUGUCAAUAACCACCGAGUCUAAAAAUGAAGAAACACGAAUAUGCUAUGGUCCAAUGCCGACUGACCACGACUUAUAAUGGCAGUUACAUUCCAGGCUGAACCUCUUCAAGAUGAACACUUGUGGUGAGUAUGGCUUGGG